CCCGAACCUGGGCCCACCAUGAGCCAUGGCCAUGUCCGUGAGCGCCGAGGAGGACGACUAUGAGGAGCCGGAGCACGACCAGAACCGGGCAGUAGGUCGGCCCAAGGGGAAGCUGGGCCCAGCCUCAGCGGUGAAGUUGGCCGCCAAUCGGACGACGGCAGGGGCGCGCCGGCGACGGACGAGAUGCCGCAAGUGCGAGGCCUGCCUGCGGACCGAGUGUGGAGAGUGUCACUUUUGCAAGGACAUGAAGAAGUUUGGGGGGCCCGGGCGGAUGAAGCAGUCCUGCAUCAUGAGACAGUGCAUCGCGCCAGUGCUGCCCCACACUGCCGUGUGUCUGGUGUGUGGAGAGGCAGGGAAGGAAGACACGGUGGAGGAGGAGGAGGGCAAGUUUAACCUCAUGCUUAUGGAGUGCUCCAUUUGCAAUGAAAUCAUCCACCCUGGAUGCCUUAAGGUGAAGGAGUCAGACGGCGUGGUCAACGAUGAGCUCCCCAACUGCUGGGAGUGUCCAAAGUGCAAUCAUGCUGGCAAGACUGGGAAACAAAAGCGCGGCCCCGGGUUCAAGUACGCCUCGAACCUGCCCGGCUCGCUGCUAAAGGAGCAGAAGAUGAACCGGGACAACAAGGAAGGGCCGGACUCGACCAAACGGCGAGGAGAGUGUGAGGAGGCUGCCCGGCGGAAGUCCGAAGAGCACGCCAAGAAGGCGCCUGCCGAUGCCGUCCUUCGCAGAAAGUCUGACGAAGUUCACCUGAGGAGGAAGCGGAAAUUCGAGAAGCCCCAGGAGCUAAACGCUCGGAAGCGGCUAAAACUCGUCAAGGAGGAGAAGCUUUUCAGGAAAAAGCGGCGGUCCUGGAAGAAUGCCGAGGACCGCGUGGGCCUGGCCAACAAGCCCCCUCGGCGUUUCAAGCAGGAGCCCGAGGACGACCUGCCCGAGGCGCCCCCCAAGAGCAAGGAGAGUGACCAGUCCAGGUCCAGCUCCCCCACCGCAGGGCCCAGCACCGAGAGCGCCGAGGGCCCAGACAAAAAAAUGAAGGCCCGCCGUAAGCGGCGGCUCCCCAACAAGGAACUGAGCAAGGAACUCAGCAAGGAGCUGAACCAGGAGAUCCAGAAGACCGAGAACAGCCUCGCCAAUGAGAACCAUCAGCCCAUCAAGUCGGAGCCAGAGAGCGAGAACGAGGAGCCCAAGCGCAUGCUGGGGAGCGAGCGGCCCCCCCGCUUCAGCAAGGGCCUCAACGGGGCCCCCCGCGAGCUGCGGCACCCGCUCGUGCCCGGCCUGCGCAGCCCCCCCCGCGUCCCGGCGCGGCCCCCGCCCUCCCUGUCCCCACCCAAGUGCAUCCAGAUGGAGCGGCACGUCAUCCGCCCGCCGCCCAUCAGCCCCCCGCCAGACUCGCUGCCCCUGGAUGACGGCGCCGCCCACGUCAUGCAGCGGGAAGUGUGGAUGGCCGUGUUCAGCUACCUCAGCCACAGUGACCUCUGUGUCUGUAUGCGGGUCUGCAAGACCUGGAACCGCUGGUGCUGUGAUAAGCGGUUAUGGACCAAAAUCGACCUGAACCACUGCAAAUCCAUCACCCCGCUCAUGCUCAGUGGCAUCAUCCGCCGACAGCCCAUCACCCUGGACCUCAGCUGGACCAACAUCUCCAAGAAGCAGCUCAGCUGGCUCAUCAACAGGCUGCCUGGGCUCCGGGACCUGCUGUUGUCUGGCUGCUCCUGGAUCGCCGUCUCUGCCCUGUGCAGCUCCAGCUGUCCUCUGCUGCGAACACUGGACGUGCAGUGGGUGGAAGGACUCAAGGACGCCCAGAUGCGGGACCUGCUGUCCCCCCCCACAGACAACCGGCCAGGCCAGAUGGACAAUAGGAGUAAGCUCCGAAACAUUGUGGAACUACGCCUGGCUGGGCUGGACAUCACAGAUGCUUCCUUGCGGCUCAUUAUCCGCCACAUGCCCCUACUCUCCAAACUGCACCUCAGUUACUGUAACCACGUCACUGACCAGUCCAUCAACCUGCUGACAGCGGUAGGGACGACCACCAGGGAUUCCUUAACAGAAAUUAACUUAUCAGACUGCAAUAAGGUUACUGACCAGUGCCUGUCAUUCUUUAAACGUUGUGGAAAUAUCUGUCAGAUUGACCUAAGGUACUGUAAACAGGUGACCAAGGAAGGCUGUGAGCAGUUCAUAGCCGAGAUGUCAGUGAGUGUCCAGUUUGGGCAAGUGGAAGAAAAACUCCUACAGAAACUGAGUUAGUCCAAGGACAGGUGUGUAAAUAGUGGGCUGGGGAGGGGGGAAGGAGAGGGAGAAAAUGACUUUCGUUUCAGAAUACAUGGGGAUUUUAUUUUACACUUGGAACUUGGACUCACAGAGGAGAGCAAAGAUCCCAUUUUACAAGCCCUAUCUAUUGAUCGAAUGAUCCCGGAAAGGACCGAGUUCACCUCCCUCGUUGUGAACGCCCAGCGCACACACGGGCCAGGGCACUCUGCACUCCCUGGCUUCUGUGACGAUUCCUAAGAGACAUUCACAGCUGGGGGGCGGG